AUGUUUUGCUCUUGCCACUGUCUCAUCAGCUUUCGUAAAAUUUGGAACCGACAGAGGAUAGCGGAGAAUGAAGGUGUUAAAAUGAGAGAAGGUGCAGAUUGGGAUUGACAUGUGUUCAGCUCCCUUUUUGUCUUUCUUGAAACUCUAACAGGAUUCUCUUUCCUCCCAGACUCCCAAACAGGUGAGGAAGAUGAAAGUCAGAAUUCUAUGAAGCCACAUGAGAAUUUAUGGGGGGAAACAAAGAAAUUGAGGAUACAACAAAAAAGUCGCAAAGGAGAGAAACUAUUUGAAUGUACGGCAUAUGGAAAGAGCUUCAGUGAAAGUGGAAAACUUAGAAUACACCGAUGAACUCACACAGGGGAGAAACCAUUUGAAUGUUUUGAGUGUGGAAAGAGCUUCAGUGAUAGUGGAGCACUUAGGAUACACCAACAAACUCACACAGGGGAGAAAUCAUUUAGAUGUAUUGAAUGUGGAAAGAGUUUUAGCAUAAGUGGAGCACUUAGAAUACACCAACGAACUCACACAGGGGAGAAACCAUUUGAAUGUAUUGAAUGUGGAAAGAGCUUCAGUCGAAAUGAUACACUUAGAAUACACCAACGAACUCAUACAGGGGAGAAACCAUUUAAAUGUGUUGAAUGUGGAAAGAGUUUCAGCCAAAGCGCAGCACUUAGAAUACACCAACGAACUCACACAGGGGAGAAACCAUUUGAAUGUGUUGAAUGUGGAAAGAGAUUCAGCCAAAGCGCAGCACUUAGAAUACACCAACGAACUCACACAGGGGAGAAACCAUUUAAAUGUAUUGAAUGUGGAAAGAGCUUCAGUACAAGUGGGAAACUUAGAAGACACCAACAAAGUCACACGAGGGAGAAACCAUUUCAAUGUAUGGAAUGUGGAAAGAGCUUCAGUGGUAGGGGAUCACUUAGAAUACACCAACGAACUCACACAGGGGAGAAACCAUUUAAAUGUGUGGAGUGUGGUAAGAGCUUCAGUGAUAGUGGAAAUCUUAGAGUACACCAAAGAAUUCACACAGGGGAGAAACCAUUUGAAUGUUUUGAGUGUGGAAAGAGCUACAGUCAAAAUGAAGCACUUAGAAUACACCAACGAACUCACACAGGGGAAAAACCAUUUAAAUGUUUUGAGUGUGGAAAGAGCUUCAGUGAUAGUGGAGCACUUAAAAUACACCAACGAAAUCACACAGGGGAGAAACCAUUUAAAUGUAUUGAAUGUGGAAAGAGCUUCAGUACAAGUGGGAAACUUACAAGACACCAACAAAGUCACACGAGGAAGAAACCAUUUCAAUGUAUGGAAUGUGGAAAGAGCUUCAGUGAUAGUGGAGCACUUAGAAUACACCAACGAACUCACACAGGGGAGAAACCAUUUAGAUGUAUUGAAUGUGGAAAGAGUUUUAGCAUAAGCGGAGCACUUAGAAUACACCAACGAACUCACACAGGGGAGAAACCAUUUGAAUGUAUUGAAUGUGGAAAGAGCUUCAGUCGAAAUGAUGCACUUAGAAUACACCAACGAACUCAUACAGGGGAGAAACCAUUUAAAUGUGUUGAAUGUGGAAAGAGUUUCAGCAAAAGCGCAACACUUAGAAUACACCAACGAACUCACACAGGGGAGAAACCAUUUGAAUGUUUUGAGUGUGGAAAGAGCUUCAGUGAUAGUGGAUCACUUAAAAUACACCAACGAACUCACACAGGGGAGAAACCAUUUAAAUGUAUUGAAUAUGGAAAGAGCUUCAGUGAUAGUGGAUCACUUAAAAUACACCAACGAACUCACACAGGGGAGAAACCAUUUAAAUGUAUUGAAUGUGGAAAGAGCUUCAGUACAAGUUCGAAACUUAGAAGACACCAACAAAGUCACACGAGGGAGAAACCAUUUCAAUGUAUGGAAUGUGGAAAGAGCUUCAGUGAUAGGGGAUCACUUAGAAUACACCAACGAACUCACACAGGGGAAAAACCAUAUAAAUGUAUUGAAUGUGGAAAGAGCUUCAGUGAUAGGGGAUCACUUAGAAGACACCAACGAACUCACACAGGGGAGAAACCAUUUAAAUGUAUUGAAUGUGGAAAGAGCUUCAGUACAAGUGGGAGCCUUAGAGUACACCAACGAACUCAUACAGGGGAGAAACCAUUUAAAUGUUUUGAAUGUGGAAAGAGUUUCAGUGAAAGUGGGAAACUUAGAAUACACCAACGAACUCAUACAGGGGAGAAACCAUGA